GGAAUAAUUAUGAAAACCAGGAAAUCGCUGUCAGCGAGAUAAAUGCUGAGAAGCUAGAAAAACUAACAUUCCUUGAGUAGGUUAUCGAACGGAAAAUGUCCGCUGGUGGAAGGAUAUCUAGAAACAGAGCACUGAUGAGAGAUUGUUCUUAUAUAAAGACCACUUGGGCGCCUAGAAGUCAUCAUUCGGUACAGAGCAUUCAAAGCUUCUAGUGUUCAAUCUAUCCUCCAAAUUUUCUCACUCAACGCAAAAUGAAAGUGUUCGUCGCUAUCGCCGUAGUAGCUCUGGCUGUUGGAGCUUGGGGCCUGACAAUCGAUCAGCAGAAAAAGGCCGAAGGUUACGCUGCUGAAUGUGUCAAAUCCAGCGGAGCCGCCCCGGAAGCUGUGGGUAAGCUGAAGAAGGGUGAUUUCGCCGGUGCCGACGACAAAACCAAAUGCUUCUCGAAGUGUGUCCUGGAGAAGGCUGGCUUCAUGAAUGCGCAGGGCGACAUCCAGGAGAAGGUUGUGGUUGAAAAGCUAUCGGUGGACCACGACAAGAGCAAGGUUGAAUCUACUCUGAAGAAGUGCAACCAGAAGGGGGCCAACGCCUGCGACACUGCGUUCAAGGCUUACGAAUGCUUCUAUAAAACAAAGGCUGGACUAGUUUAUUCGCACUUUUUCGUUUCCAGACCACUGUGGAUUGGUUUGACGAUGAAUGGCGAUGAAACGUCAGAUCAUAGAAAGACACAAACAGAAGAUGUUACAGUGGAACCAAAUCUUCCAACAGCAGAGAAGCAGGAGUAUGCGGAGUUGGAGAGGCUGCAUCGUUCUCAGGAAAUGGGAACGAGUUCUACCAAUAUAUUCGAAAUGAAUUCGAUCGUUGUCGUAACGGCUGCCGCCAUGGUUGUUCUAUUUUGCGACGUGUCUGGUGAGCCCCAACAGCCGAAUUUGGAUGACAUCGGAAAGAUUAAAAAUGGAGAAACAUAUGCCUUGGAGUGCCUUCUGGCCAGCGGUCUUAGUAUAGACGCAGUAAAGUCCCUGCAAACUGGAGAUUUUUCGGGAUCUGGAGCCCAAGCUAAAUGUCUAGUGAAAUGCUUUUUUGAAAAGACCGGAUUCAUGGAUGCAAAAGGUAACCUCCAGCAGGAUGCCAUCGUAGCACAGCUAAGCCAGUUUCUGUCGAAAGAAGAGGUUAACGCUUUGGUAAAAAAGUGCAACGCAGUGGGGACUGACCCCUGUGAUACGGCUUACCAGGCGACCGAGUGCUACUUUAAAAACAAAGCUGAACUGUUUUAAUUGAUCGGAAAAUUACCCACCGGCCGCAGUGAACUGUUAACACGUGAUUCCCGGUAUAUCGACUGAAUUAAAUGGUUAUCACGCAUCAUUAACGAUUAUGAUGUUAGCUUCUGCGGUACCUACAUGUGUGUUAAACGGUAGGCCGUUAUUAAAAAUAGCUUAAAUUUUCGAACAAGAAAAAAUCAUCAGCACAGCACAGUGUUUGGUGGGAAAAUGAACAUAUAAUAUCAAAAGGCAGAAUUGCGUGUAAAUUAUUCAAUUGUGCAGUGUGUUUCUUUAUUUGAGCAACAUUACGAUUAAUCGCAGCGAACAAUUGCAAGAAUGCUGAUUCUACUUCGAUUGGCUGGGAAGAUUUGAAUGCAAAGCUGAAAUCUAUUCUGUUGAAAAAUGUAAUUGCUGUACUGUGCCAAAUGAUAAAUGCAGUCGAUUCAUAAUUUAAAAUUGGUUGUAAAUGAUUAAAAGAUUGCUUUAUUUGUAAGAGUUCUACCAGAUAUGUUGAAAGUAAAAAUAUUUAUUGUGUGAAGAAAAUUUAUCUAUGAUAAUAUUAACGUCUCUACCCUCAAUAAUAUUUUUACAUUUCUGUUCGUAAUUUCAAGCUAAAAUCAGGUCGAUAGCUUCAGUAAUAAUCAACAAGGCUGGAGCACCAUGCACCAUACCUAGUAUGCAAACCAAUUGGCUCUUUUCCAAAAAAUCAGCGACUGUUUCCCAAUCAAUCAAAUCAUGCUAUUAAUCAUAACUUUUGAAUCAUAAAUUAUUUACCAGAUCGCUAAGAAACUUUACAGAAAAUUUUUGUGGUGAUAAAACUCUUUAUUUGACUAGAAAAUCAGCAAAAGCAGUUGGACAAUUAACACAAAUUGAGUUUAAAUGUUUGUUAGUUGUGCUCUUAACUUUCACAUGAAACGCUCAAUUUUGUCAAUCAUAGGGUCAAAUGCAUUGCUAUUCUUGCACCAAAGCUUUUUGCUGAGUUUAAUUCAUGAUAGUGACUGUAAUCUAUAACUAACGAAUAGAAACGUAAAUAUACUGCUUGCUUGUGAUAGAACAUGAUUUAUGCGUUGGUAACCGUUUUUAUGUCUAGUUUGGAUAAAUAGUAUGUUAAAAAUACAUUAGAGUGGUAACAAUAGAGGUAUUCGUAAAAACUGUUUUUCGUAAGAGCGCUUUUUAUAGUAGGGGAAUGUCGGCGUAGUUGGGCCACCUUUUGCAAAGAUAUAAGAAUAUGGUAUAUUUUUGGAAAAUCACGAACCGAUUGCUUGAAAAUUAAUAAAGUUAUAGGCAUUUACGUAGAGAUAAAAAAUGUUGUCAAAGUAAAAAUAUUGUAAAGGUUGGGCCACUGAAAUAUGUGUUGAAAUUCUAUUAAAAGGAAUAAAAAGAAAGAAUUCUGUAAAAAA